AUGGCGAUGCAGCAACUGCGCCUGCUCUUCCACCACCUCUUCCAACACCGCACGAAACUGCAAGUCGGCUCCUGGAAACUCCUUGUCUCAGCUGCUAGCUUCCUUCUCGCGUGUCUGAUCUUAAUCACAUACUCUGCUACCGCGGGCAACCGUCGAAUAUCCGACUCCGACCUUUUUUUCGACGCCGAUGAUGGAAAUGGACACAGCACCGACAGCGACAGCGACAGCAAAAACGCUUGCUUCGUUGACCUUAAUCUCCUUCGGGUUCUCGCAGACAAUUCGACAACAGUUGACUAUUCACGGCUGAAUAUCGGCGUUUUGCGGACGGACAAUUUCACCGCGUUUGAAGAAACCCUCGACGUGUCCAUCCCAUCCUACCGCACUGUCCACCUCGACACGGGAGCGAGUCGAGAAAUCCGAACGGAGGAAGACUGUACAACGUCCGUGACAAUCCAGGCCCCUAUCGCUGCUCCACCGCCCGAUGCCUCACACAUGAUAUUUGGGGUUGCAACCUUGCUUGAAAAACUAGAGGAUUCGCUCGACGCGUUCGCCCACUGGGCCAGCAAUACGCAAGCCCAAAUUGUCGCGGUCGUCGAACAAGGUGGGUCGUCGGUAAGAUCACGAAUACAGGAACGGGCAAGUGAACUUGGGAUCCGGUUGGCAAUCACACAGACGGAGGAUGACCGGUUUGACCGAUACUUCUCGCUUGUUCGGGUACUAUACCAGAACCUGGAGGAGGAGUCAACGAAAUGGGCGGUUUUGAUGGACGACGACACUUUCUUCCCCUCGAUGCGGAAUUUAGUCCACCGGUUGGACUCGUAUGACUCCACCAUUCCGCAAUACAUUGGAGGAAUGACGGAGGAUUUGGCGCGGCUCUCGGGGUCAGGGUACAUGGCGUAUGGCGGCGCAGGCAUAUUCCUCUCUAUACCGCUGCUCGCGGACCUGCAGUACUAUUAUGAGGCGUGCAACUCGUUGAAGGAUAAGGGCGACCGUAUGCUAUCCUCAUGUAUUUACUCGCACACGGAUGCCAAAUUUACCUGGGAGCGCGGUCUACACCAACUUGACAUCCACGGUGACGCCUCGGGAUUCUUCGAGUCCGGCCGCCCGUUACCUUUAUCAGUGCAUCAUUGGAGAUCCUGGUUCCAAGCCGAUAUGGUUGCACUUGGAAAAGUAGCCGAUAUCUGCGGUGAAGAGUGUCUGCUCCGCCGGUUCCAUCUUUCCAAGUCCAAGGACUGGUUCUUGGUCAAUGGUUUCUCUGUCAUUCAGGACGCGACGCUGUGGAAUGACCCCCGGCCGAUGGAACAGACAUGGGAAAAGAGCAAGCAUAAAGGCUCCGACCCGUUUGCGUAUAGCUUGGGCCCGUUACGCCGCCAAGACCCUGACAAAGUUUCGUUUCAGCUGCGAGACGUGGUCCAGGAGACGGACCGGGGUCAAGUCAGACAGAUCUAUAUGUUGAAUGCAACGGACGAGAAUCCUCCACAGGUUCUAGAGGUUGCGUGGACGGAGGUGCAGGAAUAA